CAUUGACCGGCUCCGCGGCGGUGAGCACCGUAAGACCGUUUAGAAUGGCAGAAGCUAUCCUGUCCGCACCGAUACCAAUCCCGGAGGCGGUACUUAAAGAUCUGGCGAAGGAUCUUUCAGGAGUCAUUCCAAAUCUUUCGGAGGAGGAGCCGAACCUUGGCGUGAACGAACUCCAUGCUGUCAUUAGACCGAUCCUGGAUACCGCGGACUCGGCAGACCUUGUCUCUUCACAUCGGGCCGCUGCAUGCAAUAUUUUGUGCGCAAUUGUGGAAAAAUGUCAAACAUCGAAUAUCCAAUAUGUGCGAGAUGCGGUGCUCGACGAUUCCAUAUGGUUGCGGCUCUUCAACGUCUAUCUCGAGAGAUCCGACAAUGCCAAAGGAAAAUCCGUGAGACAAGUGCUCUUAACUCUUACGGGAGUUUUGCUGAAGAGCCCGGACCCUCGAUCUCUCGAACUGCGAAACAGAGCGGCGUCGACAUUUGUUGACAUCAUCUGCGGGCGCCAGGAUCGACUGAAAGUCAAGCCAGCUUUGCAAGGUCUUUCUCAUUUUCUGCAGAAGGAUGUAGUCACCAUUCCCACGCUUGUUGAUCUAUAUUCGAAGUUGCUAGGACGCUACUCAAGUCAUUCGAAGGGGGUCGCGACUCCAGAAUCCCUAUUCGCCUCAUUUCUCUCAUGGAUCGUCCAUCAUGACACUUCGCUCUCCGCCGGUCAUCUGGUCAAGAACUAUCUCAUCCAAAUACGUCGUUCCUCAAAUGCCGAAGUAUCAGCUCGUGAGAAUGCUGUUUCCCCAGCCUGGAUAGAACCAGUCGUCAACACUCUCCGUGUCUGGCCAGAUCGUCUCCAAGAGUUCAAGACCAAUGUCUUCCCUCAUUGCUUCCUUCCGAAUAUCGACGAAUACCUUGGCUUUCUUUCCUACCUCCAUUUCGGCCGGCACGUGAAACCCAAAGGAUCUCUACCUCAUCAAAUGCGGAUGUUUGAUGGACACAGUAACUGCUUGGAUAGUUUCGAGGAGUUCAGAAUAUUGUUGGCCUCUGUCGAGACUGGCAAAGAACUAGGAAUCGUCAGAGACAUCGAUUAUCGCGUCUCUAACAUUAUCGACGUUUAUGGGGGUACCCUCCAUUUGCCUGAUGAUAUAUUGGGCGGCUGGAUGUCCCAUACUGAGCCAGAGGUUCGACUUGCCGGCCUUUUCCUCUCCGUAUAUUCGACCACUAUCACGAAACCUAUCACUGGCGGGGUCUUCAAGUCGUUGAGACAGAACCUCAUCCAUUUCCACACAGAUACUGAUGCUAAUUUCCGCCGGGAGCUCCUUGGCUACACACAGAAGUUGUUCGACCGGCUCAGGGGAAGCACCGCAACCCUGGUUAAAACAAAAGCCAAGCCCACUACAGCAAUGCAAAUCCGUAUGCCCUUUCCUAGGGAGUGCUUCGGACGCCUCAGAACCCCACAGCCAUUUACGAGUAAAGAUCCCCUCCUGGAGGCAUUACAGUUCCUUGUGUGGUACCUACGCUUCCUCGAAUGCGAGUUGCGCACAGACGCUUCGUAUCAGAGACGCAUUACGGCCCUAAGAGCGCUCAUCAUCGUGCUAAAGUCUGGUCUGGAUCCCCGUGUUCCACAUCAUCUUCUCUCCAAGUCUGCUCAAGGACAAUUGAACUGGGCUCAUGAACUGCGGAUACCGAAUCGGAAACUGAUUAGGACAUUAUUGGACUUGAUCCUUGAUCCCUUUGAUGACAUUCGGGAUGCGUCCGUCUCGGUAUUGCAACUAUGCUUGAAUUCAAUGCCGGAUAAUGAGCGGAAUACAAUUCUGUCAGCCCUUCCUCGCUUCAUUACCCGCGCAGAGGCAGCAAUGCUCCGUACCGGCCGCGCUGAUCAGGCCGAUGGUGUUGCGCGCGCGUAUUCAUUGCUCUUCUCGUCGUGCACGCUGAAACCUGGGGCAAUUUCAGAGCGGCACACAUCCGACCCGACCUCUAGGGUUGGACUGUUCAGCCGCCUGAGCGAACAACUGUCGUUGACUCUUCAGGUCGCGCACAAGAAUCUCUCGGAAGCGGUGAACGGAAGGCCAGUACAUGGAACGUUUGCUGCAAUCAGGUAUAUCGUGGACCAAGAGCAGUUCUACGCCGAAAUACAGGCACUUCCCAACGACGAGUUUCAACAAUGGAAACAAAUUCACGAUUUGGUUCUUAGUAGUCUCCAUCAGUUGUGGUCGUGUGUCAAGACCGUACUAUGUGCCGAUGCUCCGGAAGGACAUGUUCCAGAAGAAUUAGAAGAAGAGGCCAACCUCGACACGAAAGAGGUACUUAGCUACUCCUGGCGGGGCUUGAAAGAAGCCAGCGUAUUGCUCCGAACGAUAAUCUCCAAAGCUCCUAUAGGCACUCAUGAUAAGGCAAUAAUAAGACCUGAGACAUGCGAAGAGCUUGGGCGACUAUGCUUUGCUCAGCUUGUAGAGCUUCGUCAUCGCGGUGCGUUCUCAACGGUUGCUCAGACCUUCGCGUCAUUCUGCCGCCGCUGCUUGUCUACCGACCACCAAGUACUUCGGAAACUGCCGGAGAAGUGGUAUCAGGAAACUCUACAAUCGAUACAAGCUAAAGCUACCGCCAUCACUAGGCGAUCGGGCGGAAUACCUUCGCUCAUGGUAGGAAUCAUUGCUGCGGAGCCACAACCGGGUGGCAAUCUCUUUCCUUGCGCCAUGCGGGACCUUAUUGCUGAAGCCCUCGUCGAAGCGCAGAGUUCCAACAUUGAAGAGUCUCGUCUUCCUCAAGUGCAUGCCCUCAAUUGCAUCAAGGAGAUAUUCACAUCAUCGAAACUAAGCAUUGCAUCCGAGGCGUAUACUGGGGAAGGACUAGAGCUUGCCGCAAGCACGCUAAAUUCGAGAAUAUGGCCCAUCCGAAACUGCGGCCUCAUGCUCUUCAAAGCCUUGAUUGAACGCCUGCUCGGGAGUGAUGAAGCUCAAGAUUGGAAGGAGCGCGACCGAACGAAGACCUCACGGUUCUCGUACAACAGCUACCCAAGCUUAGUUGGUAUCCUUGAGCGCUUGCUCGACUCCGAAGGACCGCUAAAGAAAUCGCUUGAUGCGACGCCUGACAAUAACUCGCCCAUGGACUUACACGGCGCUGAAGGAGUAUUUCCAGCACUCCAAAUUCUUCGACAAGCAUUCCCACCCGAAGAGACUCGCCAAGUUAUCUUUGGACAAGUCCAGAAGCUUCUCCAGAGCCCUCACUGGCAUCUUCGCGAUAUGGCCGCGCGUACCUUAACGUCGCUCUAUCCACCCCACGAGCUAUUCCAUGCGUGCAAGAUAUUACUGGCCGUUACGCAUGAUUCUGUCAACGCAAGGCAUGGGGCGUUGCUGUGCGUCAAGUACAUGCUCAGGAAGUGGACGCAGAACCAAGCCAAUCUUGGCUCUGAUACAUUGGAAGAUUUGAUGAUCAAUCUGCGUCAAUGGAUCCCCGAAUGGUACACACAACUGAAGUGCCCAUUCACAAGGGCCGCGUUCCUCGACAUCAUCAGUCUCUGCGGCAUGGCAAUCGCACAGGGUUUCGAAAGUCAGUCAACAAUCGGAGCUUGGGCAAGUCUGACCGCGUCUCUCACAAUCGGCGCGGAAAAUAGUAUAGAUCUCAAGCGUGCCAACGGUAAUGCGCUUCUCCAGAGAUCGCUGGCACGGCUCUUCUUCAUUGACCGCACAAUUCUUCGACCUGAACUCCUCCAUACCAAGGUAUCGAGAGAUAAUCAAAGUAUCGGAGAUGCCCUGCUGCUCCUUGAAAUGGGGAAUCCGGAUACAUGCGCCGCGGCCUUGGACACUUUGGGCGACAUCAUCCAGCUCAAGGCCCCGAGGGGUCCGCUCAUGCAGAUCUCGCUAAUCCUCGUGCAUAUCUACACUCUGAUCCAGUACGCAAAUAAUCCAGAAGUCCUCUCGAAGGCCCAAUCUGUCCUCGCCAACGGCCUCUCGCGGCCUGGAAUGACAAAAAGCUGUCUUUCUCUCAUCAAAGAAGCUGAUCUCCUCUCCAUGCUCGACAAGCUGGAAACCCGAUGCGUAGAAGCCGCACCAUCAAACAUGCAAAGCGCCCUUCAUCUCCUUGGCUUCUUCCUCGACUGGACCUACCACGAGUAUCCUGCUCAUCGGCAAACACUCCUCCACCGCAUCGCGCGAUACAUCCGCGUCCUCCGCAUGGCAAUCAUCGAUACGAAUCCAUUCGAUGCUCGCUUCGCCGCUGCACAGUCCGUGUCCGCGCUCCAGCAUAUCUGGACAAUGAGCCCGUCUUCAAAAAGCACAGGGCCGUUGCUCCUAGGUCUAACUUUCGUCCUCUACGACAUGCUCACGGACGACGACGACGAAAUUCGAGACACGGCUGCGCUAGCCACGACCAAGCUUCUACAAGCGCACGUCUCAUCCUCGUCCCCACCCUCCUCCGAACAACGUACCAUCACCCCCGCAGUCCCCAUCCUAACAACCCACCGCCUAGCCAACUUCCUCAUUACCACUUUUGCUCCGUCCAGGCCCGGCUCCGAAGCCCUCUGCAAAGAAGCUCUCCGCCGCCUCACCGGAACUCCCUCUCUCGCACCUCCCUUCACGUCCGCAUUCGCCGCAGCGCGUAAAGAAGACACCGCGCUCUUCAGCACAGAGAAGCAAAACCUGUUCAAAGACGACACCCUCGACGCCGUGCUCUGGUCUCGCGUCCUCUCUUUACUCCCCUGCUCCAUUAUUCCACCGGCCGUACGUUCGGGGCUUACAACAUGGGUCCUCGAGGCCCUCGCUGUCCUGACGUCCACCGCGGAGAAAGAGAUUGACGGCGCGCUGGGAUGGAGUGCGAAGCCUGAGGUAUUUACGCUGGGUAUGCGAGGUAUUUGCGCGGCGGAGGUGGUGGUGAGGUGGAAUGUGGGAUCGCAGGAUGCGUCGACUGUGAGGAGGAUGUUGAGGGAGUUUGUGGACAUAGGGGAGGAGAGCGAGGUGCAUGGGAUAUGGCUAGACAAGGUCGAAAGGGUGCUUGAGCAGAGCGUUGUGGAUGUGCUAAGGUGUGCCAAGGAGAGGUUGAUCGUAGUGGAAAAGGCGGUUGGAAACUGAGGAAAAGACGGGUAGAGUAGGAAUCGAGAUGCUGUCGAACAGGAAUCUCAACAUUCGCUGGUAGUGUUCUCUUUCAUUGAUACAGCAUUACGCGUCUUAUCUCAUACAAUGCAGUCGUCCAACCUAAGCCUUGAGCCUCCAGCCGAAGGUCGGUAGCAAUCAUUACAUCGCGUUUGAAAUCACACUAUCCGAAUGACCAUCGCUUACUCUUCAACGUGUGCCUGGAUGUUACUGACCUCCGCUUUUGCCUC